GGCUCGGGUAUUUUCAAGUCUGGUGAACUUGCCAAGCGCGGCCCGUGCCAUUGUCCAGCUGUGACCCAGUACAACGACGCCAAGGUCCUCCCUGAGGUUCAUUUUUUAUGAAAACCUUGGUAAAGCUAUGGUCGGCAUCAACUUGGAUGAACUUUCCGCGGACCAGAAGAUGGCCAAGCGUGGUUGGUAAAAUCACCCACUAAUUGUUCUCUUCCCAGUCAAUUUUCCAAAAAUUCUCGUGUCGUCAACGCUUCCAUGCUUACCACCAAGCCCAAUGUCCAGGAGCCCGUCUACCUCGUCGAAAUCCAGUGCCUCGACUCUGACAUGGGUGGUAUCUACUCUGUUCUUCACCGUCGUCGUGGUAUGGUCUUCUCUGAGGAGCAGCGCCCUGGUAUCCCGAUGAUGAACAUCAAGGCCUACAUGCCCGUCAACGAAUCGUUGGGUUUCACCGCUGAUUUGCGUGCUGCCAUUGCUGGUCAGGCCUUCGCUCAAGCCGUCUUUGAUCACUGGCAGGCCAUGACUGGCGACCCAUUGGAACCCGGUAACAAGGUCUACGAUACCAUCCGUAACGUCUGUAAGAGAAAGUGGGUCUCAUUUAAGAUUUUCCCGGUCUCGACAAGUACUACGACAAGCUUUAAAUGGACUCGUUCUCACAUUGCCAAUGAAAAGGUUAAAUUCUUUUUUUUAAAAAUGCGCAAAUAAACAUCCUUUUUAAUCCUUUUAUACAGGCAUCUCCAUGGCAG